CAAUGUUGGCUGGGCUGAAGGGGGAGACCCGGCAGCGUACCGCGAGCGAGCGAGCGGGCGGGCGGGCGAUCGGCGGGCGGCGGGGUGGGCGACUGCGGCCUACAGCUCGCCUCUGCGUCGGGGCCUCGCAGCUCAGCCGCCGCUGAGGGCCUGCGCUGUAGCUCCUUCCAGGCCAGGUUCCGAAGACGGCGCCUCCCGGAGCGCAGGAACCAGGUCGAGUGGGCCUGCGCGCGACUCUCCCCGAGGCCCGGCACCCCCACUUGGAUUCCAGGGCCCCAGAACUCACGCCCACCCAGGUCAGGUUCGCUUUCUCCUUUCUUUUCCCGGCCUAACUAGGUUCCUCUUCCCCACAGCUGCGUCCCAGGGCUCCGGAAAGUUUCGAAUGAGCCUAUCCCAACACUUAGAAAUGGGGCUCUGGAACCUGGGAGUCCAGGAGAGUCGCCUUUAGGGCUCCUGGUCGCCGGCUUCUGCGUUUUCUUCCUCUCCAAAGUUUUGAAUCCCCUUCCUGUUUCACAUUCCCUACCGCCCGAGGUGCCAUGGCCCCCAAGCCUUGGAGUGAGUGGAGCACGACCCUGUCCCACCUGGCACUGGGAGUGGUGUCUCUGCAUGCAGCCGUGCGCACUGCCCAGGCAAGUCGAGGGGCCGCUGCUGGCUUCCUGCUCCAGGCCUUGGCCUCUGCCACCAUGCUGGCCCCAGGGCUGGGCACAGAUGAAGACUGUCUUGCUGGAGCCUGGGUGGCCACUGUCAUUGGCCUGCCCCUUCUGGCCUUCGAUUUCCACUGGUGUACUAACGGUCACUUGAUGUGCGCUGGCUGUUUUAUCCACCUACUAGCAGAUGCCCGGCUGAAGGAGGAGCAGGCCACAUGCCCUAACUGUCGUUGUGAGAUCAGUAAGAGCCUCUGCUGCCGCAACCUGGCUGUGGAGAAAGCCGUGAGCGAGCUGCCCUCCGAGUGUGGCUUCUGCCUGCGCCAGUUUCCCCGCUCCCUCCUGGAGAGGCACCAGAAAGAGGAGUGUCAGGACAGGGUGACCCAGUGCAAAUAUAAGCGCAUCGGCUGCCCGUGGCAUGGCCCCUUCCACGAGCUGACGGUGCACGAGGCUGCAUGUGCCCACCCAACCAAGACGGGCAAUGAGCUGAUGGAGAUCCUAGACGAGAUGGACCAGAGCCACCGCAAGGAGAUGCAGCUCUACAACAGCAUCUUUAGCCUGCUCAGCUUUGAGAAGAUCGGUUACACAGAGGUCCAGUUUCGGCCGUACCGCACGGAUGACUUCAUCACGCGCCUGUACUACGAGACGCCAAGGUUCACGGUGCUGAACCAGACAUGGGUCCUGAAGGCGCGCGUGAACGACUCAGAGCGUAACCCCAACCUGUCGUGCAAGCGCACACUCUCCUUCCAGCUUCUCCUCAAGAGCAAGGUCACGGCGCCCCUGGAGUGCUCCUUCCUGCUGCUCAAGGGUCCCUAUGACGAUGUGAAGAUCAGCCCGGUCAUCUACCACUUCGUCUUCACCAACGAGAGCAACGAGACGGACUACGUGCCCCUGCCCAUCGUCGACUCCGUGGAGUGCAACAAGCUGCUGGCCGCCAAGAACAUCAACCUGCGGCUCUUCCUGUUCCAGAUACAGAAGUAGGCGGCUCCGCUGUGCUGCCCACGCCUGCCCAGCGGUGGCUUCACCAUGCUGUCUGACCUUUGAGCAACGGAGGGGAAGGAAUGAAUGCGAACAUUGGAAAGUCUGCAUGCGUGUGCGAAGGUGUGAGUGCUCACGCCUCGCGCUCUGCCCCGCCUCCCCUGUCCCAGGCACCGGAGGCUGGGCCACCUGCAGAGGAAACGGUGGCUCAGGGACACCAUGGGGCUAAGCCCAGUGGCCACACCCUGGCCCCCAGUGGCGCAGUGAGGCACACCGUCUGCUCUGGGCCGUGCCCGGCCCCUGGGCCGGGCUCGGGGAGCACGCUGACUUCAGACGGCAUAUUUGAUUGCAAUUAAAAAGGCACCCUUGUUUCCUACUUUCUGUUUUGUUUGAGGGAAAGGCAUAGCUGCGAUUGGACAUUGGGGGAGCUUUGAUUUGGCCUGGGGGUCAGAGCCCAAAGGUCCUUGUUACUACAUCUCCAUGUACACCCCCCACCAGAGCCGGGGUCUUGCAGCGGCCCCAGCGCACCCCCCACCCCACCGGCUGCCCCAGAGAGGCAGGACUUGGCCACCCAGGCUCAGCAGAUGCUUCGGAAUGCAGGGUGAAAUUGUCUCUUCCCAGGAAAAAAAUUAAACUCUUUACAGGUUCUUCUAUAAGUUAUGAAAUUUAGCAAGAGAGAAUCUAUUUUGUGUAUUCAGCCUUGAGGGCACAGCAUCCCCAGCCUGUGAGGGAAGCUGUGGGUGGGGGCUGCUGGUGAUAAGCUAGCCUGGCUGGGGGAGGGUUUGAGUGGGCUGGCCAUCCCCCAUGAUGCUGGCCCUGUGUCGGGGGGGGGGGCCCCCCACAGAGGUCAGUCCUUGGGCAACCUGGUUUCUCGCUGGAGGGAGCUCUUCAAGCCUCAACUUUGCUGCCCCCGUGGCCCUGGCCUGCAGUGAGCAGUCCUCAGUGUGUGGGCCUCACAGCGGGGGAAGGAGCCCUCCCUGGAGGCCCCUGGGACCCUCAGAGCUGCUGGAAAGGGGAAAGCUUGGCCCCCUCCUCCUUUGCUUAGGAGACACGGCUCUUCUGCAAUAGGUUUCUGUUGCUUAGAUACCAAAGAACCGUUUCCUUUGCCCCUGGCCUGGCCUACCGGAUGCUUCAGAGCAGUCCCUGCCACUCCCGCCCCCCUCCUGACCUAGCCCCCCAUUUCCCGGGCCCUGUAGGCUCAGCAUAUUGGGGAGCCCUGGCAGCAAGAGUGCAGAGCUGCAGGCCUGGCCUUGCUGUGUGGUCCCUCCCUCUCCCAGCCCUCAAGCUGGGAACUGAGAAAUGGAGGCAGGGAGGCCUGGGGUAGAGUGGUGCCUCAUCCCAGUGCUGAGCCCAGGCAGCCCUCUGAGCCAAUUCUCCCCCCAGGGCAGCUGGCCUAGUUAUAUUGAGAAGACUGGUUAGCUUCUUGUUUCCAGCCUAGGGCACGGGGCUUAUGGGGGAACCCCUCCUGCAAGGCCAUCUGUGCCUGGCCACUGAGGGUGCCCAGAGGUGCUAUGCUUGCUUUCCUACCCUCCACAAAGAUGCCACCCCAGCCCCCAGCACAUCCUCGGGGGCACACCCUGGCAAGAGUCCCACUGCCCUCGAGGGCUGCCCCCCGCCCGGCAGGCCCAGAGGAUGACAUUCAGAUAGCCAUGUGCCAGGUCUCGUGAGUAGAGGGGAUGGUGCUGUGUCAUUGCAUCUCAGCAUCUCUUGGGGAUGGACACCGUCUCUGUAGAGUUUCUGGAUUCCAGAGGACCAUGUGGUGGAGGAGCCAGGCCAGGGCAGGCUUGCCUGUGUUUGGGUGCAUGUGUGAGAGAUUUGAGCCAGCAAAGGGGUGGCGCCCAAAGGCUCUCCUAGCUGGGGCAGGGUGGGAGGCAGCAGAUCUCUAUGCAGGGCAGGUAUGUGGCUGGGCCUUCUCAGCCCUGUCUCUGCAGUCCUAGGUCUAUAGCAGUCCUUGGGGAUGGGGGUGGCAGAUGGGCUGGGCUCUGCACACCAGGGGUUCCUGGGUGCUGUGGGCAUAUAGCCCACUAUUUCUGGCAGCCCAAGGGCAUGGGGGGGCAGGGUGGCACCCACACAAGGCCUUCCUUGUAGGGUCAUGUGUCUGGGGGUGCCCAAGAGGAGUGGUAACACAUCCCAGCAUCGCUGUCCCCAGCCCCCACCCUGUAACAGUCACCUCAGCAGCUGAGCCUUACAGCCUGGUGGAGACAGGCACCCUGGGAGAUGGUGGUAUGUCCCAGCCACUCCUGGGAGCUGGUGCCACAAACCUCCUGUGGCAUCUCACUGGGGUGUCAUUGAUUUACUGGGGAUGUCCCAACCAUGUUGUUAGAAAGGAGAAAACACCCAUGGUCUGUCUCCAGGACCCUUUGCCAUCUUGGCAUCCUGACCUAGAGAGAGUGGGGGAAGAACCCCGGCAGAUGUGGGGGAGUCCUGGGGGCACAGACCAAGCUGGCCCCUCUACUCCGUGCCAUCACCACUCCCCUACGGGCACUACAUCCCUCAGUUCACCCAAGGGAGACAUUUACAAAAAUAAUAAAAAUAAUUUUUUAAAGAGUAAA